AUGGCCAUAGCUGCCAAAGUUGAGUCACAAGAUGGAGGGACUGGGGACCCCUUGUUGGUAGAUGUGGGUUCACAGGGGAGUAGCCCUGCAUGGGGUGAUGGAGGGGCAACAGGUGCCCCUCAGCCAUACUUGGGGGUGGUCCUGGAAGAAGUAAGUAGGGUUGUGUGUGCCUUGUCUGAAGACAUGGAAACACACCCUAGUCCUUAUGGCUGUCCAUGGGAGUUGGGGAUACGUACAGCUAUUGGAUUUUUUGUUGUUGUCUUGUUUUUGUGGAGAAGUUUUCAGUCUGUGAGAAGCAGGCAGUACUUGAGAAGAGAAAAAAAGCUUGCUCUAAAACUUUCUGAAUUAAUUGAGGAAAAAUGUGGACUACUUGAAAAAGUCAGUCUUGUCCAAAAAGAAUAUGAAGGCUUAGAGUCAUCUUUAAAGAAUGCCAUUUUGGAGAAGGAGUCAAUACAAGUGGAAAAUUUGGAGGCAAUAUACGCAAACCUGGAUAGGUCCAUAUCUAAAUUUGAGGAUGAAAUGCUCUGUCUAGAAGAAGAGCUAAAAGAAGGGAAAACUAAAUAUUCUCAACAGGCUGAAUUGAUAGAGUAUAUAUCAAAAAGUAUUAAGUCCCUAGAAGAGGAAUCAAAAUCCCUCAGAUCACAUAUACCUGAAGCUACAAGAACCUUAACAAUAUUUCAACUGAAUGCAGAAGGAUUGAAGGUAUGAAUAAAAGAAGUUUCAAAUGAAAAUUCCCAACUCCUGGAAAGUCAGAAACAGCUUUUACAGGAAGCGGAAGUAUGGGAAGAAGAAGUGAAUGGCCUUAAUAAUCAGAAAACAACACUUGAAGACUCCAAAGAACAUGAAGAACAAGUUCUAAGAGAGAAAGAAAAUCACAUUAAGUCUCUGAAAUUGCUGAAAGAUUGGGCUCCUGUGCUUGAAGAAGACCUAACAGACGAUGGUAACUUGGAGUUGGAAAUGAAAAGUGAAUCAGAAAUCAGUGCUCACUUAGAGGAUCAGCCAAAAGGAGCUUUGAAGAAACAGCUUUAUGCUGAUAAGUUAAAUUCCUCUUUUAAAAUCUUAGAAGGAGAAAGAAAUCAAGUUUUUACUUUAGUAUCUGAAGUCAUUGAAACAAAGGAAGACCUUAUAGAAGAGAUUGAAAAUCUUAAGACACAACAAGCAUCUCUGCAGUCAAAAAAUACACAAUUUGAAAGUGAGAAUCAGCAUCUUGAACAGAAACUUAAACUCAUCAUUGAAGUAUAUGAAGCAAUUGUAAUGAAACUCCAGAGGAAAUUAACAGAAGAGGAAAAUGACCAGGUAGUGCAAGAGGAGAAACUUUUCAAAAUGGAGGAAAACAUCAGCCAUGCAAGUGAACAGCUUAAGACCUAUAGAAAGCAAGUCAAAGACCUUGAAGAAGAGUUAGAGAGAAUCAUUUAUUUUUAUCAGGGGCAGAUUACACACUAUGAGGAAAAAGCACAAGAUAAUGAGUGGGCAGCUCAGAGUGCUGAAAGAUACCUCAAUGAUUUAGGGAAACAAGAGGCUCACGACAGUCAAAACUUCACCGAAAAUGAGUCUAAAUUUAAAAAAGAUCCUUCUGCACUUCAUGUUUCAAAUACAGCCAUUGGCAGAGAGCAUUUCCCAGAUGGUCCCUCACCAUUGGGUUGACCUUCAUCUGAAAUGAGAGCUCCACUUUUGGAAAAGGAGGGUCCACUCAGACCACCUUUGCUUCCAGGGGUAGGAGGAAGAGGCUCAAGAGGCCCAGAGAAUCCUCUGGGCCCUCAAAUUAUCAAUGAAAGAAGAGAAUCCGGCUAUGAUGGGAUAACUGAUCAUCAGAGAGUGCCUUAUAACAUUAGGCCCCUGUCAUCUCCAUGGGAACAGAACCCUAAGAUGAUGAUCGCUCCACCAGGCCAACCAUAUUGUGAUCUAAGUCUUCCUCUACCAAGGCAAGAUGGAUAUUAUUCUAAUUAUGGUGGACCAUCGGGACCAGCAGAACUCAGAAGUUCUACUCUGCCGCCUUUGGAUCAAAUAGAUGGGCCUAUGUUUUCUGAAAUGGAAUCCAGUAGAAAUGAUUCCAAAGUUGAUCUUGAUAAUUCCAAUGUGCCCAAUUCAUCUCUCCCUGCUGAAAACCAAGAAACCGCCUCUGGCUUUGCUUUCUCACCUUUCCCUCCAAUCAGAGGUCCAUUGUUUCCAGUGGAUCCAAGGAAUCAGUUCAUGAGAAGAAGACCUUUUUUUCCUCCACCUCCUCCAGGAAACAUGUAUGGAGCAUCUCGAGAAUAUUUUCCAUGGGGCCCACCACCCCCUCCAUUCCCAAUGGAGCCAUGGUGUUUUCCUCAUUAUCUCCCCCCAAGAGCUGAAUUUCCCCCCCUCCCUCCCAUGCAUUCUGAAAGUAGAAGUGAGUUCCCUUCAGGGUUGAUUCCACCUUCAAAUGAGCCUGCUACCCAACAUACAGAACCACAACAAGAAACUUGA